GAGGGACUGUGGGUGAGGUUUACUUGGAUCCAAAUCUACUAGAGCAACAACUGAUUGGAGACACAAGACAGAAAGUUCUGGAGCAACAACUCUAAGCAAAGCAGGAGGAAAAAAGAUCAUUCAGCCGUUUACAGACCAUCAAAGACUACUUUCAGCACAGCGAGACUGUCCAUGACUGAAGCCAUAUGGAUUGAUCUUUUUCGUUUUUUCCUUUGGCUUAUUUUCAGAGUGGGGGACUGUUUUAGUGGAUUGUACUCUGCAAGAGAACUUCCUGUAGAAAAAUACAGGAAAAGCUCUCAUUGUCACUGACAAAGCAUUUCAGACACAGACAUAGUGAAGUUGUUACUGUAGAAGCAGUGUUUCCGUGCUGAGUUGUUGACAGAAGUGCUAGAAAUGUCUGGCAGAGUGCUUCCUGUCCUUCUCCUAUCUCUCUAUCUGACUGUGGGUUCAGUCCAGAGUCAGGGUUCGUCCCAGGAUGCCUUUAUAAUCCAGUACCUGGAAAGGAGAUUGGCUCAGAUGGAGGAGCGUCUGAAUCAUUGCGAGCAAAACACAGUGGGUGUCACCCAGAAGACCUAUGACCUCUCCUCUGAAAUCAGGGGUUAUCUUUCCACUCUCAGCGUUGUAAGAUCGGAGGUGAAGAGCCUGGUGGACAGUGUGUCUGUGCGAGUAGACCGGGUGGAGAGAGAGUUGGAAUAUCUUGAGAACAAGAUUCCCACCCAGUCUGACAUCGAGAUGGAGGAGGCGCUCCUGGAACAACAGAUAAAGGCUGCAGAACAGGACCUGCAAAAAAAGAAAGCCAAGAUCAAAGUGGAGAAGGACUGCAGCACUGCCCUGAGUCAAAUCAAGUCUCUCAAGAUUGUGAAGAGGACAGGAGAUACCUCUGGUUCCUGGUUCAAGGACCCCUCUGAAGGAUCAACUAAGGUCUAUCUGCUCAGUGGAAUUCGUAACAACACCCUGCUGGAGUAUGUUUCUCUGCAGAGUUUCACAGAGAGGACUACCACUCCACCAGCUAAGGUGGUGCAGCUGCCUUUCCACUGGCAGGGGACAGGUCAUGUGGUCUAUAAUGGAUUCCUCUACUGCCACAAGGCGGACACACCCAACCAAAUACUAAAGGUAGACCUGUUGAAUGGAACAGUGGUGGACAGUACACUGCUACCAGGAGCAGGCCGUCUACCAGUAUACAGUCUGAACCCCAACACCUACUUAGACAUGGCUGUGGAUGAACUCGGCCUCUGGGUCAUCCAUGCUGACCCUGAGUACGGAGGAAACCUGGUCAUUACUAAACUGGACAAAGGAACUUUGGCAGUAGAAUAUACCUGGGAUACACAGUGUAGAAGCCGUGAUGCUGAAGGAGCCUUCCUAAUAUGUGGGACCCUCUAUGUUGUCUACAACACACGCUAUGGAGGACGCUCCACCAUACAGUGUCUCUAUGACAUCCAUGACACCAUCCACAGUGAUGAGAGUCCCGUGAUGUUCUUCCCAAAGCGCUACACCAGCCACAGCAGCAUCCACUAUCACCCUGGAGACAAACAGCUGUAUGCCUGGGACGACGGCUACCAGACAAUAUACAAAGUGGAGACACGCAGACAUGACCAAGUCACUGCCGAAUGAAGAUCUACAGCGUUCGCCCUUUCAAAACCUGUGUUAUCAAUCCAAAGUUAUGCAAUAAACAUCACUUAUAAUAGCAUCAGUUAAGGAAAGUUAUUGAUGAGUAGUUUAUAAUCUGCUGUUGUUCAGUAUAGUGAUCCUUUGCUGGCAAUGGAUGCUGCCUUUAUCGCUCUUAAUUAUUACAGACAUAAAGUCCAACCAAAGGCAUUUUAUACAUUAUGUAGGCUUUAUACCUUGUAUCACCACAAUAAAGCACAUUUAGGUGUCA